GACACCUAAAUAAAACUAAGUCAAGGUAUUUGUUCAUCAAACAGACAUUAAACAAAACGUCAUAAAAUAAAUUGUUGUAUUUUCAUUACAAUUAAUCAAAUAUUUAAGUUAUUAACAAAUGGCUUCGACUGAAAGUGAUGUUUCAAAAAUUGUUGAAAAUGUUGACAAACUAAACAUAAAUAACCCUGAUCAAUCAACCACAAAAACGAUUGACAGUAAAGUGGGUGAAGAAUUAAAUUUUCAACCUCAUUUAUCUGGAUUUGAACUUAAAGAAUUGUAUAAAAUAGCCCUAAAUUUCUACAAAGAGAAAGAAGGCAAAGCCGUUCAUCUCUCAUAUGAAGACAAAUUAAAGUUAGUGGCAUUUACUCAACAAGCCACCCACGGAAAAUGUACGCCCGACAACUCACCGCCACUAGGAGUGUUAGAUGUAAUAGGAAAAGAUCGAAGAUUAGCAUGGCAAAAUUUAGGCGAUAUUUCAAAAGAACAGGCAAUGGAAGGAUUUAUUGUUUUACUAGACAAAUUGUGUCCUUUAUUCAAAACAGUAGUUGAAGCACAAAAACGAAACAUAGAGGAACAAAAACGAUUACAGAAAGAAGAAGAAGAGAGAAAAAUAGAGGAAGAUAGAAAAGCUAAAGAACUUGAAGAGGAGAAAAAACGUGAAGAAGAAGAACAACAAAAGCGAGAACAUCAAAGAAGACAAAUUCAAGAAGCUCUAAAUCAACAAACCUAUUAUCAAUUUAAAGCUUAUGCAGAACAACAAUAUCCUGGUAAUCCAGAACAACAAGGAGUGUUGAUUAGACAACUUCAAGAACAACAUUAUCAUCGUUAUAUGCAACAAUUGCACCAGAAUCGGUUAAUGAUUGAGGACAAUCCAGAAACUGAAAAAAUCGAAAAGAGUAGUAAAGAAAAUGAAGAUGAAAACAAAGCGGAGGGUGAUGAAGAGGAAGAAGAAGGUGUGGAAGCUACAGAAAAACCUAAUGAUGACGAUGAAGAUUCUGAUGAGCAAAUAGAUUGGCCUCCAAUUGAUUUACCUAAAAUGUGGACACGUCCAGGAGUUGAAGAAUUUAAAAACACCAUUAGAAGAGAAGCUGGUGAUGCUGUUAUUAAAGUUAGUCAUGGGGAAACAGUCACUGUAAGGGUUCCAACCCAUGAAGAUGGCUCUUGUCUUUUCUGGGAAUUUGCAACUGAUGGUUACGAUAUUGGAUUUGGUGUUUAUUUUGAAUGGUCUAAACCUGAUACCAAUCAAGUAUCUGUCCACAUCAGUGAAUCUGAAGACGAUUAUGAUGACGAUGCCGAAGAUUAUGAAUCAAGAGAUGAUUUAGAAAGUGGAGGAGUUGAUGGAGAUGUUAGAGCUGAAUUUAAACCAAGUACACCACCAAUUAGCGUCAUUGUACCUGUUUUUCGAAGAGACUCACAAGAAGAAGUUUAUAUAGGAAGUCAUAAAUAUCCGGGCCAAGGAAUUUAUCUUCUUAAAUUCGACAAUUCAUAUUCUCUAUGGAGAAGUAAGACUCUUUACUAUCGUGUGUAUUAUACUCGACCGGAUUUUACGAAUGAGCCCAUUUAAAUCUUAAUUCUAGUCAAGUUUAAAUAAAGUGACGUCAUAAAUCAAGACCAUGAAUUAAAAAUAUUAUUUUCUGUUCAUUUUAUUAAAAACGCACUGUCAACAAUAUA